UGUAGAUAUAUCUAUUUUGCGUUCGAUAAUAUCAAUUUUGUAACUAAAAUAAUGCAUUAUUAACAAUCUUCUUGUAAUAUUUUUAAUAUAUCCAUUGUAAGAAAUAAGUGCUGCUGUAUUGACAUCAAUGAAACAAGCUCAUCAUAUAAAAAUUCAGUGUUGGGGUUCCAUGAAAAAUUUUGAAUCCAUACAUUUAUCCACAUAACCAAACAUAAUGAAUAAUUGUGGAAGUGGAGUAGGAGGUGGAGUUCCCAUCACAGUUGGAGCUUAUGACACUAAAAUAGCGGGUUUAUAUGACUUGCUUGACACUCUUGGCUCUGGACAUUUUGCUGUUGUAAAAUUGGCACGGCAUGUCUUUACAGGAGAAAAAGUUGCAGUAAAAGUAAUUGAUAAAAGUAAAUUAGACGAUGUUUCAAAAUCGCAUUUAUUUCAAGAGGUUCGCUGCAUGAAAUUAGUUCAGCAUCCAAAUGUAGUAAGACUUUAUGAAGUAAUUGACACACAGACUAAGUUGUAUUUAAUACUCGAACUGGGAGAUGGAGGUGAUUUAUAUGAUUACAUUAUGAGACAUGAAUCUGGUCUCUCAGAAUCUCUCGCUCGUGAUUACUUCAGACAAAUAGUCCGUGCAAUCUCAUACUGUCACAGGUUACAUGUUGUACACAGAGACUUGAAACCUGAAAAUGUAGUAUUUUUUGAAAAAUUAGGAGUAGUAAAAUUGACUGACUUUGGUUUUAGUAAUAAGUUCUGUCCAGGACAGAAACUAGAAACAUCAUGUGGAUCUUUGGCUUAUUCAGCUCCAGAAAUAUUGUUAGGUGAUUCCUAUGAUGCUCCAGCCGUUGAUGUGUGGUCUCUUGGAGUAAUACUAUAUAUGUUAGUGUGUGGACAAGCACCUUUUCAAGAAGCUAAUGAUAGUGAAACAUUAACCAUGAUUAUGGAUUGUAAAUACACUAUGCCAUCUCAUGUCUCAAAUUCAUGUAAAAGGCUUAUAGGAAGAAUGCUUGUAAGGGAACCUGAAAAGCGUGCCACAUUAGCAGAAAUUGCAACUGAUCCUUGGAUUACUGCUGGUGAAGUUGUCACUAUAGAAGACUUUGAUACACCUCUAGUUGCAAAACAGGACCUCACUGAAGAAGAUCGGGCUGCAAUCCUGCAAAGAAUGGUUAAUGGUGCUAUUGCUACAAAGGAGCAUAUAUUAGAAGAAUUGGAGAAAAAUGAAUAUAACCACAUUACAGCUACUUAUUAUUUAUUAGCAGAGAGAAAGCUUAGAUCUAAAAGACAAGAAGCUAGACAAAGUGCUAGGCGGCCAGAAGUAUUGUCUGUGUCUCGGACAUCAAAGGGGCUACUUGCACCUCCACAAUUGUCUGCUGCACCAAGGACACCACAAGAUGUUCCUCCGCGAUCGCGCAAGUGCAGCAUCGUUCGCGAGGAGGAGGACGAUGAAGAAGGUGCGGUGGCGACGCCGUCUGCACGCUCGUCAGACGCGCGCCGAGGCUCGCGCUCCGAAGGGCGUCUGCACCUCGCGAGACCCGCGCAACUUGCCGACAACCUCACGAAGGUGAAUCUCGACGAAGGUGCGAGCACUGUAACCAACGCAGCAACGCAGGUAGCCGAGAGUGCACGCCGUGCGCCGCCGGCCCCGGCACCAGCCCGGAGGCAACGUCUUGAAUGCCGGCGGAGGCGUGCUCGGGCGGGUUCAUGCUCGUCUUCAGACUUAUCAGACGAUGAUUCGGAAAAGAAGAAACGUGCCGGAGAGCAGACGCCGGCGCCGAGUGAACGCGCGCGCCGCGACUCCCACGACGACUCCAGUGACAGCCAAGAGCGUGGCGCUGCGAGGCGACCCGCGCCUAGGCCACCGCCCCCUGCGCCUGCGCCGGCGCCCACACACGGAGGGGGUUCAUCAAGCGGUAGCGGGGGAGGGGGGGCUGCGGGAGACGCACGGGGCGGGGGUGCGGGGAGCACGGGGGGACGUCGACGACGCGCCGCAAGGAAGGAGAGUCGUCUGCGGGAGUCGCGUUCACUUAACCGCAUCGCUGAGGUGGAGGAGGCGAGCGCAGCGCGGUGGGCGGGCGGCGGUCUGGUUGCGCUGUGCGGGCGGCCAUUGCUCCGCCUGUUGGCAGCCGCACGCCCCGCGCCCUCCGCGCGUCGUGUGCACGGCCUGUGCUGACUGCGCACGCCGGCGCCGGCGCCCCCCCGCCUCUCCGCCGCAACCUUGCCGCAGGCGGCAGUUUAGUGCACCGCGCCCAGCUGAACCAACCUUACAGUGACCACGUCACGCCUACCUUAUUUUUUUUUCUCGUGGGUAAAUCCUCAUGGAUACCACCGCGCCACGGGGAGGCACGGUGAUUAUGUCGGACUAGUACCGACUAAAAUCCCACGGAUUUUUCCACCGGUCGCCUUGUGGCUGGGCAUCCGCGAAACCUCACAUCUACGUAACGCAACCCGCGAACACGUCAAUAUUGUUGACAAUAAUCAAAUUUUUUUUUCCUAAAAAAUGAAAAUGCAUAUUUAACUUUCGGAUACGACAUCCUGCAACUCUCGCAAUUGCGGCUUGAGAUCUGUACCAAGCUACGGUUGUUAUAGAACUGGUGCCGAAAUCCAUAUAUGCCACAGUAUCAGUCUUGCGACUACUCGACUUCUGCGCCAUCUAGUAGGAAAAAUUGCAGUUUUGAUCUACUUUUCAGAGGUGCAUACUGCAAUUAGUCGCUUUUUGAACACUCUGUAGUGUAGGUAAAAACACUUUAGUAAAAAUUAAAAAAA